AUGGCCGGCCUAUUUUCUCGCCUCAAGGGCAAGGAUGGCAAGUCCAAGAAGAAAGGCGCAAACGACUCCGAAAAUGAGCAACCAACAAAACCACAAUGGACAGAUGCUUGGGCACGAACAAACGUUGAACCUGAGGAGGUUCACGAACUGAUCCGGUGUUGUACGGAGGAGCUCAAGGCACGAGGCCUCGACCACCCAUUCCUCCUAUUGCCAUAUCGUCCGACCUCCGAUCCCAGUGCUGUGCGCUCAUUCAUUCGCCAUUUCUUCGAGUCCCAUGCCACUCUGCGGGGUGAACAAUUGACACAAGAGCUGCGUAUGACAGAGCCUAUGGUGGUUUCUGGUGUAGCAAAAUGGUGUUGGAGUCGGCUUCAGGGCGGUAUUGUUGGCUGGGAUGCAUACGAGCUAUUCAAAGUGGGAGAAGUUGACUCGAACAUGGCCCGAGAUUCUUUCAAGACCUUCAUUCCCAUCAGUGUUGAGAACGGUGCCCGCCAACGCAUCAUCUUCGACUUCUUCGAUCUCCUAGCAGCUGUCGCAGCACAUGGAAAGUCAAAUGGUCUCGGUGGACGAAAGCUUUCGCGAAUGGCGGCAUGGUGGACAUUCGAGCACAAGGAUACCAAGAAGGGGUUCGAAGGGGGAUACGACCACUGGCUUCGUGCUGCCGAUGCGACAAGCCACAUGUUCUUCGCUUUCCUCCGAUCUCUAUCGCCUGAACAAAACGUCACUGGUAUUACAAUGCUGCCCAGAUCCCUUCAGAAGCUCCUUCAAGAAACCGAGUACCCUCCUCAACGACCCGAACUUAUGAUGACCAAGACGUAUAAGGUUGUCAUGAUUGUGGACACAGUAUCGCCAACCCCUUUUGCUCUGUUACGAAGAGCCAACCACUUCCAAUAUCGCGAUGAGGACCGCGCGCUCCAGGAGUUCUCCGAGUUUGAGGAUCCCGUACAGGCCUUGACUGAUGAGUGUCGUCGUGUUCUUAAGGCCAUCUCUGGCGCCAAUCAGUCACAGGCCUCAAGCUCUAAGCAUUCUACGAGCUUGCGCGAUGCAUCCUGGUCGAGAUUUGAGGACAUUGGCUUUUCCACUACCUUGGAUGAGGAAGAGGAUGACGAUGACAGCGCCCUGGCCUACAAGCGACAGCCACCGGCUCUAAGAAGAACACCCGCCUCCGGCAAUGGAUUGGAUCGACCGACAACUCCCUCAUGGGCUGAUUUUCUCUCUGCAGGUUUCGUAGAUGAGAACCAAGGCGCGCGACAGAAUUUGCUUCUGCCUCCUGACAAAGUUCUACCUCCCCUUGAAACACAAAGACAGCACAGUUCCCAAUCUCACCGACCCCGACUUGAACAUGAUCAGUCUCUCGAGCCAGGUGAGCUCGCAAGCAUCACAACACUCCCACUCGACGACUCAUUCUGGUGGGUUUGGAUGGCCAGUCUUGCUCCCGAAGAGACUGCAGAGCGUAAAUCUGCCUUUGGUCGAUGCGCUGUUAUCGAGACCAAGAUUACUAGUGGUCGCUGGCUAGUAAUGGAGGAAAUGGUGGCCGGCGCAGCACCUGAGCCCCAGGAGGGCGCUUACAUUGCAGAGAAGAAGGGAUUCUUCAGCUGGACGAAGCGUGGAAAAGGCCUUGGUCGCCGAAAGUCGACAGCCAACAAAUCAGUUGACAACAUAGGCCAAGGCACCAGCAAGACCAGCAUUGGUCCUGAUACUCAUGCCCGAAUCCAAGCCAAGGCUGCCCAGCUUCGUGCACAGGAGCAACAGGAGAAGAAACUGGCCUCGCAGCCCUUGUACCAACGUCGUGGUCGAACAGAUGCUGAGCUUAUGGCGGAAAAGACUAACAGUGUUCUAACCCUUCAGCCCACCAUCAUCGGCGAGGCUUCAUCAGCAUUGAAAUGGGUAUCCAAGUAUGACAAGGGAACAAUUAAGGAUUUUUACCUUGCCAACAACAAUGCUGGCCGUGGAAACAUGGUAUCGCCCAUUCCCUCUGAGAGUAUGAACGAUGCUGCUUCCCACAAUGGCGUACAGGCUCAGGAGCAACCUCCACAGGUGCCCGUUAAGGAUGUGGUAUCACCUAUUACCUCCCCCACAUUUUCCUCCCAUGCUCCCAGUGAGGUGCUCCGCAAACCAGUUCCUCAGCCGGAGCUGCCCACUGCUGCUGCGCCCGAACAAGCUGCGCCAGAGCCUGCCCAGGCGCCUCCUCCCGUUCCUGUCCAAGAGACCGCCCCCGAACCUGCUCAUGAGCAUGUGCCUGAGCCACAAAGGCCUGUCAGCCCUAUGAGCCCUAUGCCACCUCCUAAGGACGAUGAACCUAUCCAAGAUGUUUCUCGUGAAGGCAUGGUCUCGCCCACCCCAUCAAGCCCUGAGAACAAGAAGAAGAAGAAACUUCAGAAGGCAGAAAAGGAAAACCGUGGUUUCCGUAAGCUCUUCCGUAAGAACAGAAGCUCCAAGGUGCCAGACGAUGCUGCUGCGAAUGUUCAUGCCUUCCUUCGCCAGAACCAAGCAACUCCAGAGCCACCUCAACAGACUCCUACUCCGGCAGACACACCUGAGCAGAUGGCUCCUGCUCAGAAGGUCCAACCUGAGGAGACCCCUGAGGCCCCUACGCCUGCCGCUGAGUUUGUAACACCUAUGGAGGAGCCUAUUGAGCGUGUCGACACGCCUCAGAAGAACCCUGAGAUUAUUGAGCCCACCAUGGACCAGUCACAGAUUCCUAUGGGUGCUAAGGACUCUCCUGCUCAGAACUCUGUCCCUCGGUUCAACCAGGGUCCCCUUGAGGAACAACCAGCCUUUGCUCCCGAUUCGGAUGACGAGGACGACGCCACGCCUCCCCCUAUUCCACGAUCUCCUCGCCACUCUCCUCAAAUCGGAGGUCCAUCCCAGUCUGAGGAGAAGUUGAGUCACAGCGCAGGCCCAGGUGUUCAAGACCGAUGGGCCCAGAUUCGAAAGAACGCUGCCGAAAGAGCUGCUACACGUCCUGAUGAGCAGUUGAGGCCAACCUACAGUCACAGCAACAGGACUGGAGACAAUGACGAUGAUACAAGUGGGGAAGAGACCAUUGAAUCUCGUGUCGCCCGAAUCAAGGCUCGUGUCGCCGAGUUGACGAACAACAUGGAGGGCACAAAUGGACCCCAGCCCCAGAACACUCGUUACUAA